AUGUCUAAUCGAAUUCAGGCUGUUAUUCUUGCUAAUGAUGAAUAUAUAAUAAACCCUGAAAAUGGCGACGAUCAUACGGAGUCAUCUAAGCGAACGGACUUUGCAAUGUUUUUACCAUUGAUAAAAGAUGUUCAAAAAUACGUGGACAAAGUUGGAGAAUGUUACGAAAAUGCUGAAUAUAAUAUAAGAGUUUGCAGUGUAUUACUUAAACGUGUUAAUAACGCUGGAGGCGAAGUGAAAAUUUUACGAUUCGUUAAAGUGAUUGAACAAAUUCAAAAUUUUGUUAUUGAUGUUUCGCAGUUGCAAGGGGUUAAAGCACUUACUCGUGCGUCCAAAGGCCGUCUCUAUUUUGGAAGACCGAAAACAGAUCAAAACAUCGAAGAUGAAGAAGCUAUAAAUCUGGAUAUUCGUGAUAUGAAAAAUACGGACAAAAGAUUUUUAGAAGGAGUAGGAACUAUCGCUACUCUGAACAAGACCUUUCAGAGAAAAGAAAAUAUCGUUCUUUUUGAUGAAAUACUCGACGACGCAGUGCUUAAUAUCCAACACUUUCAGUACACCGGAGUUUUCGAUAAAGUUCGAUACACGGCGCCAGAGAAACUUAAAGAUAAUAAGUAUCCAUAUGAUUUAAGUCUUCUUUGGGAAAUAGCUGAACAAAGGAUCCCAUUUCAAAGUAUUGAAAAUGAUAUUGUAGAAAUUCGUCAGAGGGUUCUUGAAAAUAAACGAGAACAAUUUUCUUUACCAUUGCAAGUUCCAUUUGAAUGGGCAUAUAUUGUUAAUAAAGCUCUCGCGACUAUAUUCAUGGAACUAUUUGAUUUUUCUGAAAAACAUCUUCAACAUCUGCCAGCUACUCAGCACCCUAAUACUCAUCUUCCUUGGGAGAUUCCAAUGCCAAAUAUUGGGUUGGAUAUUACUUGCUUAAAUAUUCAAGAAACUGCUGAACAACGCGAAAAUGCAAGAAAACGAGCUGCACAAUUAUUUAAAGAAACAGCUGAUAUGGAUUUGCCUGAGGCUCAACUUCGUUAUGGUCAUUGUCUAUGGAAAGGCGAAGGUGUCGAAAAAAAAUGGAUCAUAGGCUGUGGAAUAUUUUGA